UAAAAGCACAAUUGAAAGGUCCUGCACUUGUAAAUUUAAGCGGCAUGCCAACCCAGAAUUCCUACCAUCUAAACCAGAAAAGGCUAUGGAGAUUUGUGGGAUUUAUGUCAUAUGCCAAUGGAUUUCUGUGUUAUGCUAAGAGUUCCUCUUUCAAACAUCUAUUUGGGGAGUGGAACUUGUUGAAGAUCAUUCUUUACACCCUGUUAAGUUUCAGCCUCAGCACCAUCAUGCUAUUUCCCAAAAAAUGCAGGCUUUCAAGGAGUUUCUUGCUUAAAGCUUAUGUGGGUGUUCUGGUUUUGCUUCUAACCUCUCUCUACUCAUUUUUCUCUGAUAAAUCUGACAAUGGAAAACCAGACUUACUAAGCAUGAUUUCGAAUGUUUCUUUCGCCUUGAUGUCUUUGUCCCUGUCAAGGCAAAUUGAUCUUGGCUUUGAAGCAGAGCUUCUCAACUUCUUCCUUGGAUGCCUAACUAUUCAACUCAUGAAGAUCAGCUUGAUGCUCUCCAUCGUUGCAGCCAUCUUUUGUUACUCUCUCAUGAUUCUUCGUUCCAAAUCGGAAUCUCAAUCGCAUGUGAGAACACUAAGAAUGCAAGACCAUGUAACAGUAGAUAUUGACGCUGCAAAUGAUGACUACUUAAAUGCCUUCCAAUGGAGUAACGACGAUGGCAAAAAACAAAUGCAGGAUGAUGGAUACAGUUGGAGAAAAUAUGAAGAGAAUCCAUUGAAAAGAAGGGGAAAUCAGAUAAGCUUCUACAGAUGCUCACACCCGAAUUGCAAGGUUAAGAAGAAAGUAGAGAGAACAAUAGGUGGGGAAAUUAUUCAUGUAAACUACAAAGGUACUCAUGCCCACCGUAAUUGCAAGCCUAAAUUUCCUAUAAAGAGGAACUCAUCAUCUGAAUCUUUUUAUUCACUUCUACCUUCAGAACCUUCCCAUACUAAAAUUAUAGAUCAAUCAUUGGCCUUCAAUGGCGAUGGACAACUGGAUCAUGAUACGGCACCAGAGAGCUCAUCAUUAUCAAUAUGAAUGUUGAAUAUGAGCAGGAUGCCUGCAAAUAUGAUGUACGAAAACAAAUAAUCAUAUCUAUACAAACGUGAUGUUAAAUA